AUGCCUACACUCAAUACACCUUUGACCACGCUGCUUGGGAUCAAAUACCCUAUCCUGCUGGCAGGCAUGGCGCGAACAUCCUCUGGUCCUCUCGCAGCCGCCGUCUCCAAUGCAGGCGGUCUAGGCACGAUUGGUGGACUAGGCUACAACCCCCAACAACUCCGCGACAUCAUUACAGAAUUGAAAGCGAAUCUCUCUUCUCAAAAUCUAUCUUUUGGCGUCGACCUCGCAUUACCACAAGUAGGUGGUUCGGCGAGAAAGACCAACCACGAUUAUACACAUGGACAGCUGGAUCAACUUAUCGAUGUCGUGAUUGAAGAAGGCGCAAAGCUGUUCAUUAGUGCAGUGGGUGUGCCGCCGAAACACGUCAUUGAAAGACUGCACAAAGCAGGCAUUUUGGUGAUGAAUAUGGUUGGUCAUCCCAAGCAUGCUGUCAAAGCGCUGGAAGCGGGUGUUGACUGCGUUUGUGCUCAAGGAGGAGAAGGAGGUGGACACACCGGCGAUAUUCCGGGAAAUAUCUUGAUCCCUGCUGUUGUGGAUGUUGCGAGUAGGUAUAAGAGUCCGUUGACCGGAGAGCCUGCUUUGGUGGUUGCGGCAGGUGGUAUCUAUAAUGGAAGAAGUUUGGCGGCGGCGCUGAUGCAGGGUGCUGCUGGUGUGUGGGUUGGCACUAGAUUCGUCGCAAGUGUGGAAGCUGGGUGCUCGAAGCUGCACAAAGAGGCAGUGGUGUCAGCAAGGUUUGAAGAUACAUUGCGCACGCUGGUCGUCAGCGGUAGACCACUUCGCGUUCGCAUGAACGACUACAUCCAGUCCUGGGAAGAUCGACCAGAGGACAUCAAGCGCUUGACAGAGCAGGGUGUUGUUCCGAUGCAGAAGGACAUGGACGACGACAAGGACGUUGAUUUGCCAUAUCUGAUGGGCACGGUGGCAGGUGUCAUCGGUGACAUCAAGCCUGCGAAAGACAUUGUUGAGGACAUGGUCAAAGAAGCCGUCGACAUGCUGAAGAGAGGACAGAGCUUUGUCGCGCGCGAUAGCAGAUUGUGA